UUCCCCCUUUUCAAGCAUGUUGCUUUACACAAGACCUUCACAAUACCCAAAAGAGGUGAGAGAGGGAGUUGUUCUCCAAUUUAACACCAGAGCGCCUCAUAAGUCCACCCUCAAGUUGAAGACCACCUCCAAAAAGACUCCACUAAAGAGCUCCAGCUGCCCUGCCUCCGGCAUCCUUUCCAGUCUCACAGACACAAUCUCUUGGGAACCAGGGAAGACAACUCUUUGCAGAGCUUCGGGAGAACAAUCUGGAUGCUCUACCCUGCACGUAUUUACCUGAGGGUCACCAAGAAGACCACAAGAGACGAGCGAAAGCGAGACACUCCAACAUGCACGUGAUAGCAUGCGCUUUGUUUGUCCUCCACAUGAACACUUGGUCCCAGGCUGAGUCCUGUCCUGAUGCAUGUGAGUGCUCAGAGUGGAAGAGCCACACCAUCUCCUGUGUUGACAUAGAGAGGCUCCCCGAUUUCCCUGCAGGCACAGAGACACUAUGGCUUUUCGAGACGCGCUUGUCCUCGGUGCCGUCAGAUGCUUUUGCCGACGUGGUCAACAUCUCGCGUAUAUAUAUAUCGGUGGAUGUCACCCUGCAGAGGCUGGAAAGACACUCGUUUCAUGGCCUAAAGAAGAUCACCCACAUAGAAAUACGCAAUGCGAAGAGUUUAACCAACAUUGACCCUGAAGCGUUUAAAAAUCUCCCAAACCUGAAAUACCUGGGUAUUUUCAACACAGGCCUCACAGCCUUUCCCAACCUGAACAACAUCCACUCCAGUGACAACAAUUUCAUCCUGGAAAUUGUAGAUCAUCCCUACAUGACUGUGAUCCCGCCUAACUCCUUCCGUGGCAUCACCAGCGACCUACUGACAGUGAUGCUGUAUGGAAACGGCUUCAGAGAGAUCCAGCAUCACGCGUUCAACGGGACCAAGCUCGACCAAGUAGACCUCCACAGGAACAAAUAUUUAACCACGUUGGACGAAAGAGCGUUUGUCGGCACCGUGAGCGGGCCCCUGCUCCUAGACGUGUCCCAGACAGGUAUCACCUCCCUGCCCACCGGCGGCAUGGAGUCCCUCAGAGAGCUGAAGGCUCGCAACGCCUGGAGCCUCAAGAAACUGCCGCCCAUCAAAACCUUCAAGCAACUCACCACUGCCAACCUCACCUACCCUAGCCACUGCUGCGGCUUCAAAAAUCUCAAAAAGAAACGCGGGGUUUUGGAGUAUAUAAUCUGCAACCUGACGGCGUUCUAUGACCAGCAUCACAAGCGUUCCGUGGCAUCCCUCCACACGCCUUCCCUCCAAGGCGGGAUCGAAGAGGUCCCGGAAGAGCCGAACGACGGCGGCCACAGAGGCGACUUCCACGGCAGCCUUCAUUACCACGCCUAUUUCGGCGGCCAUACGGAUGAAAAUGUCGGGUUCGGCGAGACCCUGAAGAAUCCCCAGGAGGACGCCGGUCCAGACUUCGAUAACCGCUACGAUUACGUGGUGUGCGAGGAGGGCGAGGAGGUGACAUGUGCGCCGGUGCCUGAUGAGUUCAACCCUUGCGAGGACAUUAUGGGUUUCGCCUUCCUGAGGGUGUCGGUGUGGUUUGUGAGCCUGCUGGCUGUCCUCGGAAACGUGCUGGUGCUCCUGGUGCUGCUCACCAGCCACUACAAGCUCUCCGUGCCACGCUUCCUCAUGUGCCACCUGGCCUUUGCCGACCUCUGCAUGGGGAUUUACCUGCUGCUCAUCGCCUCGGUGGACGUCCACACGCGCGCAGAGUACUUUAACCACGCCAUCGACUGGCAAACCGGUCCCGGCUGCGCCCUCGCCGGGUUCUUCACCGUGUUUGCCAGCGAGUUGUCCGUCUACACUUUGACGGCGAUCACGCUGGAAAGGUGGUACGCCAUCACCUUUGCCAUGCGGCUCGACCGGAAGCUUCAUCUUCACCACGCGGCCGCAGUCAUGCUCGGGGGCUGGAUCUUCUGCCUCCUCUUGGCGUUGCUUCCUCUCGUCGGGGUCAGCAGCUACCAGAGGGUCAGCAUCUGCCUCCCGAUGGACGUCCAGUCCAUUGAGGCACUGGUCUACGUCAUCUCCGUCUUGGUCCUUAAUGUCAUAGCCUUUCUGGUGAUCUGCGCUUGCUAUGUCAAGAUCUACUGCGCCGUCCACAACCCUCAAUACCGUUCCGGAUCGAAGGAUACGAAUAUCGCGAAACGCAUGGCUAUCCUCAUCUUUACCGACUUCCUGUGCAUGGCGCCGAUUUCCUUCUAUGCCAUGUCAGCAGUGUUGGACCAUCCGCUCAUCACAGUCUCCAACUCCAAGAUUCUACUGGUGCUCUUCUACCCGCUCAACUCCUGCGCCAACCCCUUCCUUUACGCUAUCUUCACCAAAGCCUUCCGAGGGGACGUCUUCAUCCUCCUCAGUAAAGUCGGUCUGUGUCAGCGGCGAGCUCAGCUGUUCCGAGGUCAGACCGUUUCUUCAAAAGGCAGCAGUGGGACAUGCCAAGUCCGUAAAGACAGGGACACGUUGGGAAAAAGUCCGGAUAACGCCGCUAUUCACUUAAAGAAGUGUCCGGGGUGCACUUACCACCCGGUGGUUGGCCGGCGGGCGGAACCUGAGGAGAACCAGAACCUGGAAACGUGAGCUGAACACCGGCCCAACCUCUUUAGAGGAAGAAGACCUUGAAGUGUUUUCCGGCGGGUCUGUUGGAAUAUUUAACAGAAAGCUCCGGGCCAAGUUCAGCUGUUUUCACAAUUUCAGUUGUGAUGAUUUUACGCUUCCAGUUGGUGGAGAAUAUCAAGUGUCACUGAAGUAUGACUUGGACUUCAUCUCUUGGACUCUGAGGACUCGUUACGCAAGCACAGUCUGCCUGGUAGUGAGCACAAGUUAUUUUGAGGAGAGAAAACUCAUGCAUGCAACUAUUUUUCUCCAAAUAUUUUUGUAUAAAGGACGAUUGUCAUUGCAAUGAUCUCCCAUUUUUUGUCACAGCUGGACUUAGUGAUGAUUAUAAGGUCAGCCUGCUAAGGGAGCAUUAGGGUCGGUUAAAAAAAAAUGUAAUUAAAUGAAAAUUCAAAAACCAAAAAUCAAUUUAUUACCAAAAGAAGUAGGAAACAAAAAAGUAAUACCAGUAUAAUGUGAAAAAUGUAAAAACUGCUGCAUGUGUUGAUGAUAUUAUCUUUUUUCAUCAUAUUCUCAUAAAAUUACAACUCUUUCUGCUAAUAAUAACACUUUAUUUCUAUGACCAUUUAUUCUUGGAAAAUGAGUAGCUGUUAACAUACAAAAUGAGAACUUCAUUAAUUAGGUGGAAAAACGACAUUCUCAUAAAAUAAAAAUAUAUAUAUUAUGAUUUGUUUUGUCAGAACUUUCUUCUUUGCUUAAAUUAGUUGUUUUUUGGAAAAUAGUACUGCUUUAUAAACUUGCUACACAUGCUUCGUAUGAUUGUUAAAAAAUGUGUUUGAAGAAAUAGUAUUAGGUUUUUUGCUGACAAUACUUAAUUCCUUUAUCAUUUUAAAAACUUAAGACAAUUUAUUCUUGUAAAAUUAGUCAAAUUGUUUUUCUUAAUAAAACAACUUGGUAAAAUGUAAAAAUAUAUAAGUUCAUUCAAGAGGCAUUUAAAUAUCUACACAUUUAGACUUUUUUUAAAGAGGAAAUUAUGACUUGUUUUUGUAAAAUGAUUGAUCUUAUUGCUGCACAAUACACUGUAUUAAUGUAAAAUGAAGUAGUUGAGUGCCUUGAUUAUUAUUAUUUUUUUUAAGAAAUAUGAUUUUGUAAAAAUUUAAACCGAAUUCUAAAAUUAUUUUAAUGCCAUUUUAAUCAAAGUAUAUUGUAUAUAAAACAUGUAUUUUUCCCCAGACGAUUGAGUGCACCGGUAUAUAAGCCGCACCCACUAAAUUUUAAAAGAAAAAAAAUAUUUUCCAUAUAUUAGCCGCAGAUAUAUACGUUGUGAAUUUAAACAACGUUAUUUACACAUAAAUAUGUUGUAAAUGUUUGUUUGCAUAGCUUAAUUGUUUCCAAACAAUGUCUGUAACAUGGCAGUAAAACGUCUGAUCAAACAAAAUAGACGUCAUCGCCAUGGACCCACAAGCUGCAGAAGCUAGCUCUCCAAUCAGCUAAACAGACUCAAUAACUGAAUUGUUUUAGUUACAUUGUAAAGCGUACAAACUUUGCUUGGAGUAUUGAAUGAAUAAUUUGUGUGAGUAAAAAUGCUAUAGACAGCUAGAAGACUAACCUGGAAGGACACUGCAGCACCUGCGGUGAGCAGACUUGUCCAAAAGAUGCCGCCUUAGCACAAACAAUAAAAUCCUCUCAGCACCUUU